AUGUCCUUCACCAGCCAUCAAGAUAUUCACCUCCAUGCUAGCAGCAUCGAGGACGCCCAACGAUUCUACAAGCCAGCAAAGAUCAAGCGCAAACCGCUAGCUUCUCAACUCGCUCUACCCGUCGUCAUACCACGCGUGUGCGGAGACCCGUCGCGGUACAAAUGUGUCGGCAAGCCCUUCACACGAUGCUACGCGCCGGCCCUGGGAGCGUUUGGCAUCCCCCAAGCCCAAUUCAUCGCCUUCAUCGACGCGCUCAACGUCCACAAGCGAGGCAGCAAGGCCUUCACGUACAUUUCCCAGGCCGGGAGCGCCAUCAAGCUCGUGGGACACUUGGAUCCCUCGGGCUUCACCAGACUUGCCGGCGCACUGGUCCAACUAGCUGGCACGGCGGCCUUCUGGGGUUCCGUCUCUGGCCCGACCUCGCGCAAGGUCGGCUACCUCAAGAAGAUGAACGAAACGCUCUUCAACCCCGUGGGCUUGACCGCCAGAAUCGUCAACUCGAAAGAGCUGCGGCGUCUGCUGAGCCUCGGCCCCGAUGCGGAUCUGCUGGCUCCGCUGCACCCCAUGUUUGCCGUCCCGACGAGGGAUGACUUGAGGGGAGGCAAGCGUUCCGCCUACACGGUUCCCGAGCGUCAGCUUCUGGCCCUAUCCGGCAGGGUGAGCCCCGUCGAGCAGUGCGGUGUGCGGCACAAACAUGCCAAGGAUAUCAAAGACUGCAGGGAGCGGGCCAUCUGGAAGUGGCACGUAGGAUCGGAAGUCUUGAUGGAGGAGGCUCGUGGCAAGGCACUGCACAAACUCUACCAGGUGCCUGGUGCGACGACGCGGAAGAAGAGAGAAUCUCUCAUGAGAUCUGUGCACAAGACUGAUAAGGAGGUCGCCGCUACUGAGAAGCUCGUGUGGUUGGUGGUGCAGAACACGCGUGAAGUGCAAAAAGUAUCCAGGCCUUCCGACUAG